AUGUCUCCUAACACUUCGCCCAACAUGGGUCGUGGCCGAGCUCCACGUGGCUUCCCGCCUUACCGCCCCGAGAACAACCUGCAUAAUCAACCGCAAAGGCACAGUUUCGACGUUGAUUUCAAAAUAUGGUCCAUGCCCAAUGCUUCGGCUGAGGUCGGCGACCGGCCCCCAAGCACUUCCAGUGGCUCUAACGAUUGGUCUUACUCUUACUCUAACCAAACGGCACACACUCGCAAUGGAACGAACGGCUCGUCUCCCAGGACCUCGGUACCCUCCGGUCUUGCCUAUCGGCUCGAUGGAAUUAACUCCUCUAUGAGACGCCCCUCGCACGAUAACGGGUUUGGUGGUAUGGAGCAUGCGAGUGAGCGCUUGAGCGUAGGCGGCUUCAACAUCGCAUCAUCGGGUCCUUCCGAACCGGCGGAGCGGCAAGGACUUGGUUUGACACCGUACACGGCACAACACUCGCAUCGAUCAUCGGUUGUCGCCGACUCUUCAAAUCUUUCCGUGAACUGGCAGAACAACCGAGCCAGCGUUGGAGAUUUGGAUGCAGCGCAGACGAAUGUUCCAUGGCUAGCGAGAAAACAGGCAGAGGUAACGGAUACCGAUCGCCCAAUGUUUUCUUCGAACCUCUGGAGCAACUCGUCACAUACUGUGACCGCCUCUGCCCGGCCAUUCACGCCCGCAAGUCCGACGGCUUGGGAAAAUGGAUCUGGCAAUGGAUUCCAGACUGGUAACGGAUUUCAAACUGGCAACGGAUUUCAAUCUGGCAACGGAUUCCAAGCUGGCAACGGGUUCCAAACCGGCUAUAACGCGAACGGCUUUGGGAAUCACACAGGUGCUCAACAGUCCCGCUCGAAUUUUUCACAGACACCUUCUAGGCGCGAGUUCUCAAGCCCCACGAACAUCGAUCGUCGAGCCAGCACACAGUCCUUCAUUCAGCAGCCUCAGCCUACUACGAAUCUGCCUUUCGACACCGUGACCCUCCAACAGCAAUUGCAAAUGUACAACCUGGCCCAUAACCUGGGAAUGGCCGGGGCAUAUCCGAAUCCUUCUUUGCCAACAUCUGGCUUGGCAAUGGGUGCGAUGAGUUCUGGAAGCAUGCAGAGCGGGAAACUGCGUGAAUACUUGAACACCCGCAAUGCCCCGCAGAAAUGGGAUCUGAAGCAAAUCUAUGGUUCGAUUGCGGACUUCGCUGCCGAUCGCGCCGGUUCCAGGUUCAUUCAGGACAAACUGCAGUCUGCUAGUAGCGAAGAAAAGGCGGAAGUUUGGAGAGAGCUCAUGGAGGAGCUGAUGCCUCUCAUGACCGACGUAUACGGCAAUUACGUUGUGCAAAAGUUUUUCGAACACGGCACGCAGGAGCAAAAAACCAGCAUGGCGAGCAUAAUCAAGAAAAACAUGUUGCGACUUUCGGAGAACAAGUACGGCUGCCGGGUUGUCCAGAAGGCCCUCGACAACAUCUUUCGCCGCUACCAAGUGGAGCUUGUCAACGAGCUGAAAGACCACGUCGAUAAACUCAACAAAUCUCAGGAGGGAAACCACGUCAUUCAAAUGAUCAUCAAGCUCCUACCCCGAGAUGAGAUUGGAUUCAUCUACGACUCUUUCAGAGGGCCGGGCAAGGUGAUGGAACUGGCACUGAACCAGUACGCUUGCAGAGUCAUCCAGAGAGCUUUGGAGCACGGGAACGAAGAGGACAGGCUCUAUCUUGUGUCUGAGUUGCACAAGGGUGCUCACACCUUGAUCACUGAUGCGUAUGGAAACUACGUUGCCCAGCACAUUAUCGAAGCCGGGAAACCAGAAGACCGCGCCCGCAUGAUUGCUGCAGUCAUGUCCCAGACGAUCACUCUCUCGACACACAAACACGCCUCGAACGUGGUGGAGAAGUGCAUCAAUUAUGGCACCCCGGAGGACGUUCGCCGUAUCAGGGACAUGUUCUUCAGUCCGCAGGAUGGUGUGGGGGGGUAUUCUUCCGACCAUCAGUCACCCGACUCUUUUCUUCGGUUCCUUAUGCUGGAUCACUUUGCCAACUAUGUGAUUCAGAAACUCGUCAAACACUCCACGUUCAGUAAUGAAGAACAGCAAUUUUUCAUCGACACGCUCGAGCCUAAGAUCAACGAGCUGCUCAAGAAUCACAAGGGACUAGACGAGAGACAGAGAAAUGCCCUCAAGAGAUUCCAAGGCAUUAUCAACGAGCUCAGGAAGGACAUUGACGAGAAGGAGGAGCUUGUCAAAAAUAGCAGCAGUGCGCCCCCGUCGCUAGACCCGGCAUCGCCUUCUCUCCACAUUUCCUCAGCCCUUCCGACGCCUGAUGGAGGAUCCGAGCCCAACAGCCCGCUGGACCUGGGAAUGACCUCUAGCACCAACACUACCAGUCCUAUUGGAAGCGCUGAUGGAAACGGAAACAAUGGAAAACAGUCGCUGCUUGAGGUCAACGUCAACGGGAGGCUGGACGCCACGAAUGCCUUUGCGCAGCUGCAUAUCCACGAGAAUGCUUAA